AUGGACCGUGACAUAUCUCCUCCCAGCGCUGCUUCAACACCUGGAUACGUUGGAUCAAAGCCACUUCCCCCUUGGGAGGUUUCUGACAUUCCUCGAGUACCACACAUUGCCAGUGCGGCACCACCUCUUUCUAAAGCAGAAAUGGAGGCCUUGUCCUCUUUGUGGGCGAGCAGAACAACACCGGACCACCACCGGGACUCUGAUAUGGAUGAAAGAUUCCCGGAAUCGGCAUUCUCAGCACCAUCACCACCACCCCGGACUGAUACAGGGUCAUCGUCAGGAAGGAAACCAUCCUUGGCGGACAGUGCACGAGCAAUGUCACCUCAGCCUAGCGAGCACAGAACCAUGAGCCCAGCAUAUGGUCAUGUACAGGAAUACGCUCCUCCGACUAGUCGGCAACAAGUAGUUGCUCUGCCUGGCACUAUGUCGAGUCGUUCCACCCACAACCAAUCUCAUCCCACCAAUUCUAAGAGACCCUCCAACAAACGACAGCAUAAGAAAGGCUCUAAGGAGUCUGCACCCAUAGGCCAUCGCUUCACUUCGGCAGUCAGGGACUUGUUUCGAAGAGAGCCCGUCGACGACAGCCAUUUCGAGCGUAUCGGAGACCGACAUUGGUCAGAGGACUGA